CCCCGCGGGGUCAUAACUCACUUGUCGGAGAAUGCACUUCCUACAUCUCCGGUGCCAGCAUAAAUCUCCGGCUGAGAUCCAUUGUCCGCCUCAGACCAUUCCACGGCCAUGAAUCACCGUGUUGCCCGCAAGUGCAAAGCAUGCGAGCCUUGUCGCGCUCGCAAGGUGAAAUGUAAUGGACUGCGUCCCGUAUGUUCGCUCUGUCAAGCCCAGCGGCGGCAAUGCGAGUACGGAGAGGAUCGCCGUCAGAAUCACGCAGUUUCGCGCCAGACGGUCCAGCUUAUGAAAGACAAGAUGGCGGCGUUGGAAGCUACUAUCGAGGCUAUGGCAGCUCAGCCUGGAGCACAAUCGCGGUCGACACCAACACUCGAAGAUCCCAUGCUGCGGGAGAACAGCAAUGCAGGCACUAGUCCGACCUCGACCAUGCCUCCUCCUUCCAGCCCACAGCGCGUUCGACAUGGUUCCGUGAGCUCGGGCGUCAUCCGACGAAACAGCGGCCACGUUGUUGAAGCAAGCGAAAUGCAUACAAUCGUCCGAAGCGAGAUCGGUUAUUCGAUUCACGGACCAACUUCCGCCUUUCGGGACUUACCAUCUCCUGCCUCCCUCUCUCGGACUUCUAUCUCCGACGCCGCGGGCAGCCCAACACGUACUCACGCCGCGAACGCAUUGCCUUUGACGUCCGAGGAGGACAAGAGAAAGCAGCUGGAGCAAUGGCGGCUCGAGCUGUUCGCACAUUCAGCUCGGCAGCAGCAGUUGGAGCCUCUGCUUAUUUCGCAGUGCAAGAUGGAUCUAGACGGCGUCGAUGGGCACACUGCCAAACACCUUCUCGAUCUGUACUUCAAUCAUCAGUACAACACAUAUCUGUGCAUGUACCGGCCAGCUGUCAUGGAUAGCCUCGCGACGAAUGGGCCGUAUGCGAAUAAGCUCAUCCUGAAUGCCAUGCUUUACACUGGGGCUUUGCAGAGCGGAAGGGAAGACUUGAUGGACGAACCUGGUGACGCACAGACAUUAGGAAACCGCUUCUUCCGGCGUUUCGAGGAACUUUUACCAUUAUUCAUGCGAUCCUCUAGCAUACCGACUAUAAGCGCGCUGAUCGUUAUGGGGUCUUCGCUGCUCACGCGCGGUUACCAGACGCUUGCGUGGCUCUACUACGGUAUCUCGUAUCGCAUGAUCUUAGAUCUGGGCUUCGACAUCAACCCAGCCAAGGUCAAUACAUCGAGCCUUCUCGCCAAGGAAUCCGCGUACUCGCAAAAUGCCAUGGAAGCAGAACUACAGCGCCGUGUCUUCUGGGGCGCAUACAUGAACGACCGCUUCAACUCUCUCUACUUCGGUCGGCCGCCUUCCCUCACCAUACUCCAUGGCUUCGAGCCAGAUCGCGAGUGCCUCGACACCCACGACGAAAUGGACAUGUGGUCGCCCCGCUACGACAUGCUCAAGCCGCCCUCUGUCCACAUCACCGCGCCGCGCUAUAACGUCUCGAACCGGAACUCCCUGCUCAAGCUCGCCGACAUCACCUCCGUUAUAAUCGACAAAUUCUACCGCCCUGGGCUAGAGUAUCCCUCCGCCGAAGCAGCGCGCGAACAAGUCCAGUCCGUACAAGCGCAGCUCGAUGAAUGGGCAGAAACUCUCCCUGCUCAUCUGUACUACACGCCCGAAAAGGAUACGCCUAUCCCACCGCACCGCUUCUACCCGCACACUACGUACCACACACUGCAUAUCCUGCUGUACAGACCCUUCCUUCCCGAAGGUCAUUUGAGGUCCAUCCAACCCCUCCCACAGCCCGCCAUCCGCGAACGCUGCAUCACUGCUGCACUCCGUAUAUACGCGCUCGCACAAGCAUACCGCGCAGCGUUUACGCUCACUCGCGCCCCGUAUCUCUUCUCAUACGCGCUAUUCUCCGCAGCAACAGUGAUCCCGCUCCUGCACUGGGAAGACGGGAAAAAGCGACUAGACGUAAUCCGCUUCUUCCUCGACGCACUAAAAGAGCAGCAGCGUGGCGCGAACUCCGGCCUCAAGAAACCCAUCAUGAUCAUCAGAGGCAUGUUUGAGCGCGCUGGCUUGGAUCUUAGCUCCUCCACCCACCCCAACCACGUACAUAGUAAUGAGCGAGCCGGUAAUGGUGGAAGUAGCACAACUGCUGGUGCUACGACGUCAAACGCGACGCCGGGACGAGGCUUCGAUGCAGCGAUGGAGGGAUGGGAGGGCUGGGCCGAUGGCCAGGAUUAUAGAGAUUUGUUUCAAGACUUUUUGAUGGAGAAUGAGGCGUUUUGGCCGGGGUUGGAUAGUGUGGUGGCGGGGGAGGAGCAGCCUGAGAUGCUGUUUGGGAUGUUUGGAUGAGGAUUUGUGGGUACGUGGGAAGGAGCCAAACACAAAUCUGAGUCGGCGGACAUUUUCUAGAGCUAUGGAAGCGGAUUCCAUGGGCACAUCGACCGCGAAAUGGGCUGCCUAUACACGCCGAGCAGCGAAAAAAGAGACUCACGCCCAUUUCUUUACUUGCCUUCCAUCCUAAUCUUCCGGCGCUUCGAGGAACUUUUACCAUCACCUUCACUUUAACGCGCCACCUCUCUCACUUCCACGCCACACGGGCUGCUUCCGCUCGCGCCUGCCCAAAAUUGCGGCAAGCUUAAUUUAAAAUUGUGCGCAAAUUUCUCUUACCUUACUAUUCGCUAGUCUAUCUUACACUUUCCUUAUAAACUA